CCAUAAGUGCGGGAAAAACUAAUUUAAGUUCAGCUGUACUGUAGCAUUCGCUAAUAAUGACAAAGGGUGAAGAACUCAACACUUGCGAGCCGGCUGAGCUCUGCCGUAUAGAAUGCGAACCAGGCAAGGAUAAGGAUAGCCAAGAAAGCUCCAGAUACAGAAAAUGGGCUCUUUUAGAUAAAAGUCGAAGACUUAAAGCCAGCGCAAGAGAAAGAAAGCGACGACAUGUGCUGAAUAAUGCCUUGGAGCUGCUAAGAAAGAAAGUACCKUGCGUAGACCAAAACCCACAGAAAUUAUCCAAGAUAGAGGUCUUACGACUUGCCAUCGACUACAUWGCUAUGCUGAGUUGCUACCUAAACAGCUCCAAGCCAUCUGUUGAACAGCCUGCGAUAGCAACACUCGGAGCGCAGGCUGCUAACAUGUUCUUCAGCGAUCAAGCAGCCGCGACUUUCAACAAUAAUUCGACUAGUCAUUUUUUCCCAGCCGUCAUACCAAAAACAGAACCGGACCCAAGCGCUCUGGACGAGUGUACAAAAAAAGUUGCAGAACACUAUGGAAUACAGAGAUCAGAGUUAGAUGUCUAUUUGCGAGGUUAUCAAGAUCCUUGCUAACACAGAACUUCAAUCGAGUUAGGAACCCAAUUAAUUUUACUUUAUCAUGUACUUUAUGUAAAUAAUAAUUAAGUUAUUUAAUAACGACAUUCAACUUUUUUAAGUUUGACGCAUUGUAUAGUUAUUUAUAGGGAUUCUUUAAGGAGUCAAGUUUUUCCAAGUAUCUUAUGUCCCAUAUUGGGAGUAACGAGUCAAAAAUAAGCCGCUGUUACCAUCAGAAUGUGAUGGUCCAGCAAAACAGCAAUAAUGUUAAUAUUAGGAAAGUUUUAUAUAAUAUAUAUAUCAAGUUUUUAAUAAAGCAGUUUUUGAAAA